AAAUUAAUAUAUAAAAAUUGAAAAAUCGAACCAAUUAUGGUCACUACCAACCUCAACCAAACCAGUAUCACUCCGCCAUUCUCCCAUCCCUUUGGUAGUGGCGCACCAAUCCAUAAACACUUUGCCCCCGAUCACCCUUGAACAGUGUUUGUCAACUACCCAAUUAUCCAGCUUUACUUGAGCUCACACCCAAAGAAGAUAACUUGCUUCUUCCCUACAGUGAGGAAUGAAAUAAAGCUAAAGCUAUGAAGAUGGUUUGUAAAGAUUGUUGUUUUAUGGAGAGACCAGUUAGAAUUCUUCGGUUCUUGUUUUUGUUACUGCAAAUUGAAGGGUCUUUAUCAGCUUCCAAUUAUUUGAUUGGCCUUGGAAGCUAUGACAUAACUGGACCUGCUGCUGAUGUUAAUAUGAUGGGUUAUGCAAAUAUGGAACAAAUUGCUUCCGGUAUUCACUUUAGAUUACGUGCUCGGACCUUUAUCGUUGCCGAACCGGAAGGGAAUCGUGUUGUAUUUGUGAAUCUUGAUGCUUGUAUGGCUUCACAGAUUGUUACAAUCAAAGUACUUGAGAGAUUAAAAGCAAGGUACGGCGAGGUUUAUACAGAAAAGAAUGUUGCCAUUAGUGGCAUUCAUACUCAUGCUGGUCCUGGUGGAUACCUUCAAUACGUUGUGUAUAUUGUAACGUCUCUUGGAUUUGUAAGACAAUCGUUUGAUGUUAUCGUUGAUGGUAUUGAGAAAAGUAUUAUACAAGCUCAUGAAAAUCUCCGUCCUGGUUCGAUUUUGAUAAAUAAAGGGGAACUCUUGGAUGCCAGUAUAAAUCGUAGUCCGAGCGCUUAUUUGAAUAAUCCGGCUAAUGAACGGAGUAAAUAUAAGUAUAAUGUGGAUAAAGAUAUGACAUUGAUUAAGUUUGUUGAUGAAGAAUGGGGCCCUAUAGGUAGUUUUAACUGGUUUGCUACCCAUGGAACUUCUAUGAGCCGUACGAAUUCGUUGAUUAGCGGUGAUAAUAAAGGUGCUGCUGCUCGAUUUAUGGAAGAUUGGUUCAAACAGACUAGUUUUACAGCAGAUUAUGAUAGCCUGUCUUUCAACAGGUCUGUAAGUGGGAGAAUCCCUCGAAGAGUUUCGAGCAUCAUCCCUAAUUUUCACGAAAAACGUAAGGAGCUGAUGGAACUUGCCGCUUCAUUUAAAUCUUCUCAAGGACGACCCGUUACUAGACUUUUGAGUGUUGCAAGAAGGGUCCGGAAUUCCUUAAGGCAGGCAGAUAAACCUCAGUUUGUAUCAGCAUUCUGUCAAACAAAUUGCGGUGAUGUCAGCCCGAACACACUCGGUGCAUUUUGCAUCGACACUGGUCUGCCGUGUGAUUUCAAUCAUAGUACCUGCAAUGGGAAGAAUGAACUGUGUUAUGGCAGGGGCCCAGGCUACCCUGAUGAAUUUAAGAGUACCGAGAUUAUUGGAAAAAAGCAAUUCAAGAAAGCGGUCGAACUUUUUGACAAGGCAACCGAAGAGUUGAAAGGAAAAGUCGGGUAUCAACAUGCCUAUAUAGAUUUCUCGAAUCUUCAGGUUUCAGUUCCUAAAGCGGGAGGAGGUAAUGAGGUGGUCAAAACAUGCCCUGCUGCUAUGGGAUUUGGUUUUGCUGCAGGUACAACUGAUGGUCCCGGAGCUUUCGAUUUCAGACAAGGAGAUGAUCAGGGGAAUGCCUUUUGGAAAUUAGUGAGGAACUUACUAAAGCCGCCGGGUCAGGAACAGAUCGAUUGUCAGAAACCUAAGCCUAUUUUGCUUGAUACCGGUGAAAUGAAACUACCAUAUGACUGGGCGCCUUCGAUACUUCCGGUCCAAAUUGUGCGGAUAGGGCAACUUGUCAUUCUCAGCGUACCUGCAGAAUUCACAACCAUGGCCGGCAGGCGGCUCCGAGACGCUGUUAAGACGGUGCUUACUUCCGGACACAAUAAGCAAUUCGACAGCAAUGUCCAUAUUGUCAUUGCAGGGUUGACAAAUACUUAUUCACAAUAUGUUACCACUUUUGAGGAGUACAAAGUGCAGAGAUACGAGGGAGCCUCAACUCUGUAUGGACCACACACGCUUAAUGCGUACAUACAGGAGUUCAAGAAACUUGCAGCAGCUCUUAUCGGUGGUGGAUCUGUUGAACCAGGUCCGCAACCACCUGAUCUUCUUGAUAAGCAGAUUAGCUUAUUAACACCGGUUGUCCUUGAUGCAACCCCACUUGGUGUGAAUUUCGGUGAUGUUAAAGACGAUAUCGCUAAUUCCACUUUCAAACGGGGCAAUACAGUCUCAGUCACCUUCUGGUCUGCUUGUCCUAGGAACGACCUCAUGACUGAGGGCACAUUCGCAUUGGUCGAAAUUCUCCAAGAUCAAAAGACAUGGAUCCCGGCAUUUGACGAUGAUGAUUUUUGCUUAAAGUUCAAGUGGUCAAGACCUGCAAAACUAAGUCCUCAAAGUUAUGCAACCAUUGACUGGAGGAUACCAGAAUCAGUAGUCACCGGGGUUUAUAGGAUAAGACAUUUCGGUGCUUCGAAAUCACUUUUUGGUUCAAUCCGACAUUUUACGGGUACUUCGAGUGCCUUUGUAGUGGAAUAGUAUAGAUCAUAUGCAUGUAUGAAUAUAAUUAGCAACAGAUUGUGCCGUAUAGAAUAAAUAACACAGUAUGUAAUGCAUAGCAGAGCCAUAUAUCGAAAUUAUAGAAGAAUAAAUGAAUUGUUUAGUUAUAUUAUUUACAUAAA